GUUGAAGCCUUUCAAUUUCUUCCCAUUAUCUUAUUCUGUUUUAUUUACCAAUAAUUUGAUCCAAAGAUGCCUUACGGACAGCUUGAAGUUUAUGUUGCAAAUGCCAGAGGCCUUGAUGACACAAAUUGGCUAACUGAUAUGAAUCCUUACGUGGUUGUCACCUGCCGUACUGAAGAGAAGAAAAGCAGUACUGCAUCAGGUGAAGGAUCCGACCCUGAGUGGAAUGAGUCCUUCCUCUUCACCGUCACUCGUGGUUGCGACGAGAUUCACAUCAAACUUAUGGAUGAAAACACAUUCCAAGAUGACGAUUUCCUAGGAGAAGCAACAAUUUCCUUGGAAGAAGUGUUUCGUGAAGGAGAGGUAGGGUCAACCUCUUAUCAGCUUUACAAGGAUGAUGAAGAAUGUGGAUCCAUCAGACUUGGCCUCACUUUCACUCGUGAGGAGGUAUUAGAUUCGUCAAUUAUAAAUUUAUAAUUUUGAAUGUAACGUGAAAUAAAGAUACACGUUUUAGCAAACAUACCAUUUGUGUCAUCAAGUUGUUAAUUAGUUGACUAUUGUUACUUA